AUGUUAAGUUUAGUUAGAGAGAGACUGAAAUUGAUUGGAUGUGAAUUAAAGAAUAUUAUAUGCAAAACAUGUCUUUUUCAGAAACUUAUAUGUUUACUGUGCGUGGUGGCUGCUUCCCUGGCAGCACCGCAAAAGCCUGCCGACCAAGUCAUUGCAAUUCUGAAACAAGAAUUUGACCAACAAGCAGACGGAUCUUAUGUUUACAGUUACGAGACUGAAAAUGGCAUCAAAGCUGACGAGCAGGGGACCUUGAAGAAGGGGAGCGGCCCUGACAGCAACGACGUUAUUGUGGCACAGGGAGCCUUCAGCUACACGGCCCCUGAUGGGACGGUCAUCAAUCUCAAUUAUGUCGCUGACGAUGAAAAUGGAUUUAGACCCGAGGGUGCCCAUCUACCAACACCACCACCAAUUCCGCCAGCAAUACAGAAGGCUUUGGACUACCUGGCAACUUUACCACCUCCGCCACCAUCAAGAGCUUAA